AUGACAAGACAGGACAAAAAGUUGACAACAGAAGACCCUGGAGCAAACACAGUCGUGGUCAGAAGACAAGAUACAAAUCUCACCAGCAUAAUCACAUCCUCCAUCCUUCUGUCAUCAUACGCACCUGAGAUCUUAGAGACCGACUUGACCAUCUUGGAAGUCCAGACAGACCUAGCAAUAGCACUUGGAUCAAGAGACUCCUCAGACCAGCUCGUUAGCUGGUACCCAGUCAAUAUGUCGAAGAUCUCUGAGAGAGAACACAUCAUCUUCUUAAUCAGUUGCACCAAGCACUCCCGAGAUGGAAGGAUUGACUUCACUGAGGUUGCAAGAGAUACCGGUGUUGCAAGCAAAGGAGCAGCGGCAAAGAGGUAUGAGCGGCUCUGCAAGUCAUAUGCUCCUGGUGGCGACGACGAUACCACUCAGACACCACCGCCUCGAAGACAGUCUGCCAGCCCUCGGCCAGCGAGGAAGAGAGCUCGGAGAGAGAAUGGUCCAUCAGCAAAUCCCGUCAGAAGCUCGGCCUCAGCAACGAGGAGUCAGCCUGCCCCGGUCACGAUUGCAAGAGAGACUGGCCCUGGCCUCACCACCGGCCAAUAUACUGGUUUCAAUGCCUUCCCAAAUGCUGCUGACCCGAUGACUGGUCGCUUUCCUCCACCACCUCCACCAGCGUUCAACCAGUUGCCACCAAACUUCCCUUUCUCUGCUCCUCGCUUUGGACCACCAGCGAUGCCAAUGCAUGUGCAUGGCUACCCCCGUUUCGAGCCUGUCGCCCGCCCGAUGCAGCCUCAGGUUGAUCCAUCGUUGUUCUUCAGGUUGCCACCUCCACCACAGGAGGUUGUACCGAUGUCACAAUCGGAAGCGACCGCGCGCAACGGGGAUACCAUUGACAAUGUGGCCAGCAACGGCGUCGUUGUUUUUGACUGA